GAGCGAAGCCGGUUAAUUAAAUCACCAAACACUCACCUCCGACACGAUACAUGUUAGCUGUCAUCUUCAAACACAAAAACAAUUUACUCCUAACAGUAAUACUACGUUAAUACGACACACAUUUUAAAUAAUUUCGUAGAAUUUCUUCAAUGUUUUGUCAGUGCACUAAACACCAUCAAGCCAACAGACGCCAUUUUCUCAAAUCAAACUCCCUGUUGGCGUCUGAGCAAAGAAUCACACACGAUUGUUAACAGCAGCGCCAAAAGAACUCUUAGCGGACAGUAGCAGAAACAUUGCGACGAUAAAACAGAAACACGCAAAAAAUACGCAAAAAACUGUAUCACGUGUGUGACAGUAUGACAUUUCUCCACAUAACCUCACAAAAUGGACAAGAAACGAAAACUUAAAACUGAAAACGACGAGUAUGAAUUCGACCCCACGCCCAAACACCUGACCCAGACCCAUCUCAAAAAUCACGAAAAACGACUCAUUAUUAUCCUCGAAGGGGCGCAACUCGAGACAGUCAAGGUGGGCAACAAAUUCGAAUUACUCAACUGUGACGACCAUGUGGGCAUUUUGAAAAAUUCGGGGCGUUCUCAGUCUCUCUACCGGCCGGAUAUAACGCACCAGUGUCUCUUAAUGCUGUUUGAUAGCCCCUUGAAUAGGGCCGGACUGUUGCAAGUUUACGUCCACACAGAAAACAACGUGCUCAUUGAAAUCAACCCCCAGACUCGCAUACCAAGGACUUUCAAACGAUUCGCCGGUCUUAUGGUACAGUUAUUACACAAAUACUCGAUACGAGCCGAAAGCGGUCCCAAAUUACUCAAAGUUAUCAAAAAUCCGGUCACCGAUCACCUUCCUGUUGGCAUAAAGAAGUACGCAAUGUCUUUCUCGUCAAAGAAAUCAGUGAAGUGUGCAGAGCUCGUCCCGAAAAAUGAGGACCCUGUUGCGGUGGUGGUGGGUGCUAUGGCUCGAGGAAGUGUGAAUAUGGACUAUACUGAAGAGACUUUUUCUAUUAGUAACUAUCCACUUUCAGCGGCACUUACAUGCACAAAACUUUGCUCAGCGUUUGAGGAACAAUGGGGUGUGCACUAAUAUUUACUUUUAAGGAACAAUAUUUUAAAAAUUGUAUUUUGCAAAAAAAUAUAUAAUUACAAAUGAU